UUGCAAAAACUACCCAGACGCCUCGAUGGACGUCCUGUCCGUAAACAUGACGCUACAGAACGAUUCCACUCUUUACAAUGGGACGGAAAGUGCCUCCUACACAACGGAAAUUUCCUGGAAGUACUACGUCCCACCAAUCUUUUUUGCAAUCAUUUUCCUGGUGGGAGUUUCAGGUAACGCACUAGUUAUCUAUGUGGUGGCCUUCUUCAAAAAGAUGCGGACCGUCACAACCUGCUACCUGGUCAACUUGGCGGUGACAGACCUGGCCUUCCUGCUGUGCUGCGUGCCUUUUACUGCAGUCAACUACCUGACGACGUCUUACGUCUUCGGAGAGACGAUGUGCAAGUUCGUCAGCUACAUACAGCAGGUGACUGUCCAGGCGACCUGUUUGACCCUGGCUUUGCUCAGCCUUGACCGCUACUGUGCCAUACUGCACCCCAUGAUGUCACUCACCUUCCGGAGGAGACGAGUAGCCAUCAUCGGCAGCAUCACCGUCUGGAUAGCCUCGUUCCUCAUGACCCUGCCGACAGCUCUGUUCUACCGUAUAGAGGACAUCCCAUGGAAUGGAGAGAUUCUGAAGGUCUGCCGCCCGAAGUACCCGUCAGCUGCCUGGGCGCUUGGCUACAGGAUCUACUCCAUGCUGUUCAUCUACUUCAUCCCACUGGUGGUCUUCUUGUUCACGUGCUCGGCCAUUGUCUACCGCCUCUACAACCGUUUCCAGCCGAACACACAGCCUGACAGCCAGGGGGAAAAGACUAGACGGACCGCGUGCUUGGUGAUUGGGGUGGUGGUAGUCUUCGCAGUCUGCUGGCUUCCCAACCACGCCGUCAACCUCUGGUUCAUGCUGAACGAGAAGAAGGAAAUGACAGAUACAAUCUACUGGAUCAAGGUUGCUGCGCUGAUACUCACCUACACCAACUCCGCCACCAAUCCCUUCAUCUACGCCAUGGUGGGAGAGGACUUCCGCGCCUGCGUCAAGACCACCUUCUGUGGCUCCAAGAAGAAGCAGGGGACCAGCGUGGGACCACGUGAGAAGGCGAAUAAAAGCGUGACGAAGUCUCUGAGCACACAGCGUCCCCUUGAAGUGCCCCCAAAACUGAAGAAGAGCCCACCCCUUAUCCACACCAAUGUGAUGGCAGAAGUGCCUCCAUACAUAGAAGCAGAGACUGUGCUGUGAGGUAUCAUUUGACUAGAAACAGCGUAUGCCAAGAUGUACCUUAUCUUUCUACAGAUCCAAAGAACCUGAAAUAAUAUCCAGCCUAUUUUUCUAAAUAAAGGAAAGGUAAUAUUAGGCUGCUUUAUUGGAAACAACUGUAAGCGAUUAGGGUAAGAUGUAAAAUCAUAGAUGAUGAAUAAGGUUUUAUUGAAAAUUUUUGCACAUAGUGUAAAUUGCAGUGAACAAAAUAAAUACUGACAUUAACGUACUUACAAGAAAUGAUUGAACGUGGGCUGACUACAAGUCAAUAAUCUAAAUUCAAACAUACUAAAAAUAAGUGGUUGACUAUACAUAAAGUAUAUGGAAUAGGGUUCUAUACCUACAUUACCAUUGUGGGGUUUGAAUUCCUCUCAGAAAAAAAAAGUUAAAAAUGAAAUGAUUCGAUGAUGGCAGUAGGAAGACUAUAUUUUGCGUUUUUUAAAUAAUGAAAAGCUUGGAGUGAUUUUGGACACUCUCUCGAAUAUUCUUUCUUGGCAUCGAUUCAGAGACAUUCACAAAAGAAAUAUGUUUCAUUUUCCACUGCGUUCUUUGUGCACUGCUUACAAAUUCUCUCAUGAACUAUAGAAUAGUAGCUCAACAUGGCUCCCUAAAUCAGUAAAUUCCUGUCAGUCAAAGCGUAAUUACAAACGAAGUACAAUCGUAGGACGUAUUUUAUGACAUACAGCUGAUAUUCUAAGGCAGCUAAGACUUGUCAAGACAUUUUAUUAUAAAUGUAUCGUCCAAGUGAAAUUUACACUGCAACUAACAAAUGGUUUCAAAGAUAACCUUUUCUCAGUGGAAAAUAAAAAAAAAUGUUGGUCUAAAAAUUGACUUAAAACCUCAAUAAAAUCAUUUU